UUCAUCCUGAUCGUGUCUGGCCAAAUGCUGCUUCAUCGCCUCAGCGUUCGAGGCCAAUGCUCGGCACAGCCUCGAGACCAUGACGACAAUGCAAACGAUUUCCUGAAGAUGUCCGAAUGCGGGCUGCACGAUAUGCUCUGCUCCGAUCUAGAGGUCAUAUCAAUCUGAGCAUAUGCUCAUGAAGCCUCACCGGCAUCUGUUAUCGCACGCUCGACCCUGACCACUGACUCCCAUCAUCUCCGCAAUGAGCUCUCCGAAUGGUUUGAUAUGUUUUACGAACUGCCUCCUGCCGCAGGAAGACGGCAACCUCAUCGAGAAAGACCUCUGGAUCGACGAGCGGAGAGGCAUCAUUCUAGAUGCGCAAAGGACGUUCUUCCUGAGGAAGGAAAGGCCAGACAGGGUCAUUGAUCUUGGUGGAAACAUCCUCAGCCCUGGGUUAUUGGACAUACAGAUCAACGGAGCCUAUGGCUUUGACUUUUCCGUCUACGAUGGAGAUGAUGAGGCGUACAGAGAGGGCCUGAAGACGGUCGCCGAAAAGAUCGUGGAAACAGGCGUUACUUCUCUCGUCCCAACGAUCAUCACCCAAGAGCGCUCCCUCUACCCGAAGAUCCUUCAUCUCCUCAGACCCUUCUGUCUCCCGCACUCCGCGACGCUCCUCGGGUGGCACGCUGAGGGGCCUUUCAUCCAGCUUGCGAAGCGCGGCGCACACGCACCGCAGUUCCUCGUCCCCGCCCAUGAGCGCUUCGCCUCGUUCGAGGCGGUCUACGGCGCACAGAACCUCGCGGAUCAGGAGGACUGGCUCAUGUCUGAAGACGGCAACGCGGGGCUGGGCGUCCGCAUCAUUACUGCUGCCCCGGAGAUUGACGGUGUCAUGCCAUCCAUUGAGGAGGUCGUCAAGCGCGGCGUCGUGUUCUCGAUCGGACAUAGCAUUGCCACCACGGACAUCGCGACGCACGCGGUGCAACAGGGCGCACGGCUCAUCACUCACCUGUUCAACGCGAUGCCGCAGCUGCACCACCGCGAUCCAUCCAUUAUUGGCCUCCUCGGCGCCUCCCCCUCCCUGGUGCAGUCACCGUCCAUGCUCCCAUCCAUGCCGUCGACGCAGAUUUCGCGCACAUCGUCAUUGAAGAAGCGCCUUUCGCAGGCGCAGGCGUUGCACGAAGGUCCGAAGGCGACCUCGGAGGCGUUCGAUGAUCUCGAGACGCCGCCUCAGACGCCAAUAUUGAGGGCGAUGGCUGCGCAGGGCGAUCUGAACUUGCAGAAGGGCAGAGUGGCGGAGAUGCCGUUCCAGAGGCCGUUCUAUGAGCUGAUCGUGGAUGGGAUUCACUCGCAUCCGAACUCCGUUAGACUUGCGUACUCAUCAUACCCAGAGGGAUGCAUUCUGAUCACGGACGCCAUGAAGAUCCUCGACCCUCAUCUGAAGGACGGCGUGCAUGAGUGGCGUGACGGUAAGCGCUUCGUCAAGGAGGGCGACAAGCUCUACCUCGAGGGCACCGAUACCCUCGCAGGCAGCGUGGUCACCCUGGACAAGUGCGUGCGCAACUUCUCACGUUUCACCGGAUGCUCGCUCGGGGAGGCGAUCAAAUGUGCCACGUACAAUCCUGCAAAGUGCCUUGGCAUCGAGAACAAGAAGGGUACGCUGCGCCACGGGGCGGAUGCGGAUCUCGUCGUGUUGAAUCACAAGGGGAACGUGCUCAGCACAUGGGUGCGGGGAAAGGAGGCAUGGAAGAGGAGCUAGACGGGCUCGAUGAGACACUGACAUUGAUAGAGCUAUGUGUUUUAGAUAAACAUAUGAGACAUCGAAUAUAUGAAGCCUUGUAUUGCUCUCAGC